AACUCUGACAUAAGAAGGAAACAUAGAGUCGGACCCCCUUUUUUCCUGCUUUGCAGCAAUGCAGCCCCCUGCGCUUUUACCAAAUGCUUCGUUCUACAUGGAUCCACCGGAGGAGCCCCCUCUGUCACGAGCAGGCUUCAUCGUACUCUCCGUCAUCAUGGCCUUUUUUACUAUUCCUGCCAUUGUGCUGAACGGUACAGUGAUCAUCGUGUCUCUCAUGCACAAGCAGCUGAGGCAGCCGCUCAACUACGCUCUGGUGAACAUGGCCGCAGCCGACUUGGGCACAGCGAUGACCGGGGGGGUGCUGUCGGUGGUCAACAACGCCCAGGGAUACUUCUCUCUGGGCAGGACAGGCUGUGUGAUGGAGGGCUUCACUGUGUCCUUGUGUGGCAUCACAUCCCUGUGCACAGUGGCUCUGAUUGCAGUGGAGAGGAUGUUUGUGGUGUGCAAGCCUCUGGGACAGGUAACCUUCCAAAAGAAGCAUGCCGUCGGAGGUAUAGUCUUGUCUUGGCUCUGGUCUCUUGCCUGGAACUUGCCCCCACUCUUCGGCUGGGGCAGGUACGAUCUGGAGGGUGUCGGGACGUCCUGCGCACCAGACUGGCACAACACAGACCCCAACAAUGUCUCCUACCUCAUUGCUUACUUUGCUGUGUGUUUCGCCUUUCCUCUCACUCUGAUCCUGGUCUCAUAUGCAAAACUUCUGUGGACGUUACACCAGGUUUCAAAGAUGGCCUGUGUGGAAGGUGGAGCAGUAGCUAAAGGGGAGAUGAAGGUGGCGUCCAUGGUGAUUCUGAUGGUGCUGUCAUUCCUGGCAGCCUGGCUGCCGUACGCCGGUCUGGCCAUGUUUGUAGUCUGCAGACCUGAUGCAAAGAUUCAUCCGCUGGUGGGCACGCUGCCGGUUUACCUGGCGAAAAGCAGCACUGCGUACAAUCCCAUCAUCUAUAUCUUGCUCAACAAACAGUUUCGUAAGUACGCGGUUCCCUUCCUGCUUUGCGGGAAGGAGUUGGUGGAGGAAGACGAGGCGUCAGAGGCAACAACCACCGUGGAGGCCAUGUCUACAAAUAAAGUGGCUCCCAGUUGAAAUCUUAUAACCAGAUUUUUUUGCGUUAAGCACAUCAAUAAAUCAGUGACCUGUAGUUGUCUUUAUUUUUUAAUCUGCAAUAAAGACAAAACAAUAACCGAGUCACAAAUAAACGAGAGCAUUAAGUCAGCAUAAAUUUAUUUAUUGAUGAUAGAAAACAAAAUAUCAAAUGAAGUCAAGGCCAAAAUAAAAUGAAAAAAAGAAAAUACAAAAAAUGCAUUGAUACAAAAUCUAGAGGAUUUAAAUAUGUAUUAAAGCAUUUGCUACAGAGAGAAAUGAUGUUUUACUGAAUAAAAACAUUGAGGAAAUGUCAAGACUUUCAAGUAGAGAACAUUACCGUGGGUCAUCCCAUAUGUUUGUACAUAUUUUACAUUAGCUUCUAUUUUAAUACAGAUUUCUGAACAUUAAUAAUCGUUAUAGUAAGAAUAAUAAUCAUAACAAGAUGAAGAAAAACUAACAAAAAUGUUUCAAUGAAUAUGUGUUUCUCUGUAAACUGGUAUGUUUUUCUGUUGUUUUUUUUUCCAUACCUGUGAAACAGAGGAACAGUGCACCUUGAAAAUAUUUUUUAUACUCUUUCAUUCCCAGCAUUUAGAGGUGAGGUGUAAAUGACAGAUACAGAUUCCACUAAACCAUAUGCACGUUCACAAAAAGUACAAAAAUCGUCUCACCUUAAUACACAAAUCUGUUUAGAAAAAGGAGAAACAAAAAGCACUAUACAUUUACUUGUGCAAAGACAAACAACUAUGUGCUAAUAUUUAAAUACCAUUGGUAUAGACUUAACCAAAUCAUUUUCUUUUCUCAGGAAUUCCCUGACAUGAGGUAAAAGUAAGUUCUCUUUAUCUUUAGUUUCAAAACAACUUUUUAAAAGUCUUUACAAAAUAAUGCAUAUCUUCAGUUCAUUAGUUCUGUAAUUGCUACAAAUAGUACAAUGUGCCUUUUAUGUGCAUUGGUCCUUUUAGCCACCAACAAAAAGGACUAGAACACACUUUUUUUUGUUUGAAACUCACAAACAAUUCAAAGAGCCCUUUCAAUGUGCACACAAAGUGGAAAACCUCAACGUUCAAGACAGCAUUCAGAUUGAGAGUACACCCACCGACGAAUCAAGUGCUCAUGAGCAACACGUCAUAGGAACCUUAAACAUCAUCUGUGGAAAGUUCAACUCUACGUUUUGAUACUUGAAAGAAACACUAUUGUUUAUUUAGUCCAGUAUGUCACGGACUUGGGAAUGAUAACUGAUGAAACACAGAAGAAGUUGAGCUGUUAUGAGGGG